GGGAUUUGGGAUUUGGAAUUGAAAAUUCAAGCUGAAAAGUAAAGGAGGAUAUAACUAACAAACGUGGGCAACCAGAGAAAAAUAUCAUUUCUAGCAGAAAAAGGUAUCUCUGAUGCCUGAUUAAACAAAAUCUAAUUAGUCCAAGAACAUAGAUUGGUAAACGCUAUAAGACACUUAAAAAAUGAAGUCUGAAACCAUAUAUUGAGUAUAGACCAAAGUGAUUGGUUGGCCAACUGCUGGAGACACCAUCAAACGCCAAUUCUUGCCAAAUUUUACUUAUGUGCAAACUUGUGGGUAUGGGCAUGACUUAAAAGAGUGUUAAGUACUGACUCUGAGACUAUAAAUCCUUGUUACUACUUUCUACCAAAGUCACAAAGGAUUGUAACCAAGAGCUGAAACAUGGCCUGGCAUAGACCAGCAUUUUCUAUCAUGAUUGCUAUGGCCAUGGUAGCCAUGGCUUCAGCAGCAGAACCAGUCACAUUUGUCUUUGGUGACUCGUUGACAGAGGUGGGAAACAACAAUUAUCUCCAAUCUCUUGCAAAAUCGAAUUACCCUUGGUAUGGGGUUGAUUAUAUUGGAGGGCAGCCAACAGGAAGAUUCACAAAUGGCAGAACAAUUGGCGACAUUAUCUCUGCAAAGCUUGGCAUUCCAUCACCACCGCCUUAUCUGUCCUUGUCUCCAAAUGAUGAUAAAAUUCUCAAGGGAGUCAACUAUGCUUCUGGUGGAGCUGGCAUUCUCAAUGAUACCGGACUCUAUUUUAUUCAGAGACUGUCUUUUGAUGACCAGAUAAGUUACUUUGAGAAGACAAAGGAAGCAAUCAAGGCUAAAAUUGGAGAAGAGGCUGCAAACAAGCUAUGCAAUGAGGCUAUCUACUUCAUUGGAAUAGGAAGCAAUGACUAUGUAAACAAUUUUCUCCAGCCCUUCUUAGCAGAUGGUCAACAGUACACACACGAUGAUUUCAUGGAUCUCUUAAUCUCUACCUUGGAACGACAACUUAGGAGGCUAUAUCAACUUGGAGCUCGACAAAUUGUUUUCAAUGAUAUUGGUCCCCUGGGCUGCAUUCCUUCCCAGAGGGUGAAGUCCAAAAUGGGAGGAUGCUUGAAGCAAGUUAACCAGUGGAUCCUGCAAUACAACUCAAGGGCACAAAGCCUACUUAUCUCCCUCAAUCGUCGACUGCCUUCUACACGCUUCAUCUUUGCAAAUUCUUAUUUAACUGUUCUGGAUAUAAUCAUGAAUCCAACUAGCUAUGGUUUCAAGUUUUCCAACACUUCCUGCUGCAAUGUGGAUACAACCAUUGGAGGGCUCUGCUUGCCCAACUCAAAACUAUGUAGCAACCGCAAGGAGUAUGUGUUUUGGGAUGCCUUCCACCCCACAGAUGCUGCAAAUCAAGUUAUUGCUGAUCGCCUUUUCUCCACUGUGUUUCACGUCAAACCCCCUGUCCAUGCACCAUCACCCUCUCCAUUCAACGCUCCCGCCUCUCUAAAACACUCCCCUGCACCUAACCUCAAACCUUCUCCCACUUCUAGGCUCUGAUUCAUAUGGAGAUUGAAACUAAGAACUGUUUUAGGAGUUGUACAAGUCGAUCAUUUUGGUAUAAAUGAAUUACUGUUCAAGAAGACAA